AUGUCCAAGAUCGAUAAGUUGUCUGUCCAGGGCAUUCGCUCCUUCGGCGGCAGCCGUGAAACCAUCUCCUUCUACACACCCCUAACUCUUAUCGUUGGAUACAACGGCUCCGGAAAGACGACCAUCAUCGAGUGCCUCAAGUAUGCCACCACCGGCGAGCAGCCACCCAACAGCAAAGGAGGCGCUUUUGUCCAUGACCCUAAGUUGUGCGGAGAAAAGGAAGUUCUAGCCCAGGUCAAGCUCGCAUUCACGUCGACUAGCGGCCUUAAGUUCGUUGCUACUCGCAGUCUUCAGUUGACCGUCAAGAAAACUACGCGAUCACUCAAGACCCUCGAGGGUUCCUUGGCCUGCAACAACAAUGGCGAGCGCACAGUCACUUCCAGCAGAGUGGCGCAGAUGGACGAAUGGAUUCCGAGAGAGCUUGGUGUCUCGCGAGCCAUCCUCGACUACGUCAUCUUCUGUCACCAGGACGAAUCUCUCUGGCCCAUGAGCGAACCCGCCGCGCUGAAGAAGCAGUUCGACCAGAUUUUCGAGGCGAUGCGAUACACCAAGGCUAUCGACAACCUGAAGCUCCUCAGAAAAAAGCAGGGUGAGGAGCUGUCCAAACUCAAGAUUUUUGAAGAGCAGGACAGGAUCAAUAAGGAGAAAGGCGACCGAGCUGAGAAGCGGGCUACUGAGCUAGAGGCCGAGAUUGAAGCAGCCAGAGCGAAGUGCAAGACAAUGUCGGCUGAGAUGGAGGACCUUCAACAGCAGAUUCGCGAAAAGCACGAACAGGCAAACAGUUUCCUCCGCAUCGUGAACGAUCUCAAGUUCAAGCGGGAUCAACUCACUUACCGCGAGGGCGCCAUUUCCGAUCUCAAGAUGACCCUGGAGGAACUCUCAGAGGAUGACGAGUACCUCAAGAACGCGCUGGAACAGUACGAAGAGCGCAUGUCGCGAUACCAGGAGGAAGCGGACGAAAAUAAGACCCAAUACAACGAGCUUCAAAAGGACAUGACCAACUCUCGCAAGGAGCUGUCUCUGAAGCUGGCCGAGCAGGGAAAGCAUCAAUCCGACAAGGACAAAUACGAGCGUCAACUUCAGUCCCGCAUGGAGCUGGUCCGACAGGCCGCGGAAAUGCACGGGUUCCGGGGCUACGACGGUGACCUGAAGGACAGCCAGAUCAAGACCUUCAACGAGCGCAUCCAGAAACUUCUGGCAGACAAGAAGCGCGACUUGGAGCGCGUACAGAAGGAGAACGCCCGCGAGCUGGACCAGGCCACGAGCGUCAUCACCGAGCUCGAGGGCCGCAAGGCAACUAUGACACAGAACCGAGUAUUUGCCAAGCAACGAUUAGGUGCGAUUGAGAAGCGUGUCAACGUUUUGCAGAUGGAUAUCAACCGCUUGGACAUUGACGAGGGCGCCAAAGCCAUCUUGGACAGCCAGUUCGAAGAUGUCGAGAGCAGGUUGAAGAAAGCCAACGAGUCAUUGGUUGCUGCUGAUUUCGAUGCGCAGCUUCAGCAAGACAACGAGAAGCUGUGGCAGCUCGAGAGCGAGAACGAGAAGCUAGGACGUGAGCUGAUGGAGUGCACAAGACUCGCAUCCGAGCGUGCACAGCUGGAUCUGCGCAAGAAGGAGUUAUCGGACCGUAAGCGCAAGUUGGAUACUCUGACAAACACGUGGAAGCCCAAGCUGGACACGCAUGUUGGCGCUGCUUGGCAGACAGAGACGCUCGAAUCUCAAUACCACGAUGUCAUCAAGCGCCAGAACAAGGUGCUUGCAGAAGCUCGUCAAAAGCGCGAAUCGGCAAGAGACAAACAUCAAAAAGUCGACUACCGUCUCAAGAGCGCCAAGGAGACCGGUCAGAAGAAGACAGCCGAGGCGUCGCGCUGCCAGGAGACUGUGGUCAAUGCUUUGAAGUCGGUUCGCGACGGUGCCACCAUCGAGGACUACGAAGAGGAGUACAAGCUCCACGAGGAGGAUGUGGAAACCUACCAAACCGACAUCAGCCUUUUGGAUGCUUUGGCCGACUACUACCGUGGUUGCCAAAAGACCUUGCAGGAUAAGAACAAAUGUCGACUCUGCGAUCGUGGGUUCGAUGACAAGCAGAAUGUUGCCAAGUCCAGGUUCUCCGACAAGCUUGUCAAGUUCCUCGACCCUAACAAGAAGGAGAAGGCAGAGGAGGAUCUCGCCAACUCCACAAAUCUCCUCAACUCGCUGCGCAAAGUCAAGCCGCAGUACGAAACGUAUCAGCGCCUGAUGGCCGAAAUUCCUGGCGUUAAGGAUGAGUGCUCCUCGCUGGAAGCUGAAUGCGAGGCUCUGGAAAGGCAACUAGAGGAGCAUGAUGCCAUCUUCAGCGCCGAGGAAGAGAAGUUGAACGACAUUGAGUCCCUGAACAAGACUGUCAUCAAUAUUACCCAAGCUCUCAAGGACAUCAAGGACUCAGAGUCUCAGGUUGACAGAAUUAUGUCUCAACAAUCGUCGAGCGUUGCUAGCCGAAGUGCUGACGAGAUCCACGAACUUCAGGCAACGUGCAACGAGCAGAUCAGAUCGUUGAAGAACAAGAUUUUAAAGACCUCGACUGAGCGUCAACGUAUGAAGGAUCAGCUCAACGCUCUUGAGCUGGAAAAGAGUGAGCUGAGGAACAAGCUGAGCAAGGCCCUCAACCAGCUUGAGCGCAAGAAGGACUUCCAGAACCAGAUUCAGACCUUGAAGGAUGACCAGACUCACCAGAGAGAACUGAUCAGCAAGGCAGACGAGGAUUUGGAGAAGAUCGAGCCUGAGAUUGCCGAGGCGAGAUCAGUGCGAAACGAUACUUUGCAGAAAGGUCGUACCAAGGAGCAGGGCAUUGUGGAGGAGCGCGACAAGGUUGCCAACUCCGUUACGGAACUAAAGAUGGUUGAGUGCGACAUUCAGGACUACAUCGACCGAGGCGGCCCGUCCAACCUUGCGUCCAAUGAACGCGCCAUUGCCGCUCUCGAGAAGUCCAUCGCUGGGUUGGACAAGGAGAUUUCGGACUUGACGGUGCGGACUAAUAAGCUCAAGCAAGACAUCGACAACGGCGACCGGAAAAAGCAGAACAUUAGCAACAACAUCAAGUACCGCCAGAAUCUCCAGCAGCUCGAGGUUCUUCGACGUGACAUUCAGGACCUGGAGGCCCGUGAUGCCGACGAGGAUUAUAGGACAUUGGCUGCUGAAGCCAAGCAACUGGAGAAUCGUCACAGCCGACUCGUUGCCGAACGCGGCUCUGUCAUGGGCCAAAUGACGACUAAGGACAAAGAGCUGGAGCGAGUGCUGGAAGAAUGGAACCAGGAAUACAAGGACGCUGCGAAGAAGUUCCGCGAGUCGCACAUCAAAGUCGAGACCACCAAGGCUGCUAUUGAGGAUCUGGGUCGUUAUAGUGCUGCCCUGGACAAAGCAAUCAUGCAGUAUCACAGUCUCAAGAUGGAGGAGGUGAACCGUAUCGCCGGCGAGCUGUGGCAGAGUACCUACCAAGGUACCGACAUUGACACCAUCCUGAUUCGCUCCGACAACGAGAACGCAACUACUGGCCGUCGCUCGUACAACUAUCGGGUUUGUAUGGUCAAGCAGGACACGGAGAUGGACAUGCGUGGCCGCUGCUCCGCUGGACAGAAGGUGUUGGCCAGCAUCAUCAUUCGCCUAGCUCUCGCAGAGAGUUUUGGUGUCAACUGUGGCCUCAUUGCCCUUGACGAGCCGACGACCAAUCUCGACAAGGACAACAUCAAGAGUCUCGCCGAGAGUCUUCACGCCAUCAUUAAGGCCCGCCAAGCACAGAGCAACUUCCAGCUCAUUGUCAUCACCCACGACGAGGAGUUUUUGCGACACAUGCGCUGCAGCGACUUCUGCGACAGUUUCUUCCGCGUCAGGAGAGACGACAAGCAGAACAGUGUUAUUACAAAGGAGAGCAUCACGAGGGUAUUGUAA